CCACAGGGAGCUCUUCCAGCAUGUUAGGCGAGUGUGACGGAGGCGGGCAGGAGAUGGUGCCGCUGUUGGAGGAGGCAAACGACGAAGCCGAAGAGCUUUCCCCGAAGCAUCACCGGCUACGGAAGUCCCACCGCCUCUCGCCUCACUCCAGCUGCAAGGACCGCUCUCGGUCGGAAAGAGGCCUCUUCCACCCGAGUAAGGCUCAGGGACUGCUCUGGCCAGGGGAGGCCAUCAGGCAGCUGUGGAGCCGCAAGGAAGCCGAAGAGGAGACCAGCCAUGCCAAGAGGAAGAAAAGGAGGCGGCAGAAAAGCUGGAAGUAUCAAAGCGGAGAAUAUCUGAUUGAAAGGGACAAAGGGGAACACUUGAGCUGCUGCCGCCACAAGCGGCGGAAAUCCAAAGCAGACUUCCGGUACAGAAAGCACAAAAGCUCAGCUCUGGGCAAAGGCUCUGAGCUCUGCCUGAGGAGCCGGCUCUCUCCAUCCCUACAAGGCCACCUGGACUUCCAGAAUGGCUUUCUCCUGGAUCACUCCGGCAUGGCUCCCAUCCAAGAAGGGCUGGAGAAACCUUCCGGGAAGCGCAAAUGCAAAACCAAACACCUGUCGGGCCUCUGCGAAGAGGGGAAGGCCAAGUCCCGCUCUCCAAAGAAGUCCCGGGAACCAAGCCCGUUUGGCAAAGUUCGGCAGCACGGCAUGGAGAGGACCUCCGAGACCCCCGCAAGUCCACCCGUGCCCCCCGAAGCUCGGCGUCUGAUCGUGAACAAGAAUGCUGGAGAAACGUUGCUGCAGAGAGCAGCCCGGCUUGGGUAUAAGGACGUGGUGAUGUACUGCCUGCAGAAGCCAAACAACGACGUCAACCACCGAGACAAUGCCGGGUACACCGCUCUGCAUGAGGCCUGCGCUCGGGGCUGGGUAGACAUCCUGCAGACGUUGCUGGAACACGGGGCCAACGUGAAUUGCAGCGCACAGGAUGGCACCAGGCCUGUACACGAUGCAGUCGCGAACGACAACCUGAAGAUUUUGUGGCUGCUCCUCUCCUACGGUGCUGAUCCAACCCUAGCCACCUAUUCCGGGCAGACGGCCUUGAAGCUAGCCAACAGCGAUGUGAUGAAGAGCUUCCUGACUGAUCACCUCUUGGACCUGCAGGGACGACCUGAUGGGGAUCCCCAGACCGCCUGGGAUUUUCACAGCAGCUCGGUACUAGAGGAGAAAGAGGAGAUCAGCUGCGACCUUCUGCUCGACCCUCCUGGGGGCUCCGAUCAGGAGGAGGAGGAGGAGCAGGACUCGGACAGCUUAAUGUUUGAGUUCUCGGAGAAGCCACUGCUUGCUUGCUACAACCUGCAAGUUUCCGUCUCCCGAGGGCCCUGCAACUGGUUCCUCUUCUCGGACGUCCUCAAGCGCCUGAAACUCUCCUCCCGCAUCUUUCAAGCUCGCUUCCCGCACUUUGAAGUGACGACUCUGCCCCGAGCCGAGUUCCAGCACCAGAUCUCGCUCAGCCAAGUCUUGUCUCCGGAAGAAAUCCAGGAAUACGUGUGUCCCCCGGCAACUCCGGGCGCCGUAGAGACGGUCGAGCUGGUCCGUUACCAGCCGGAGCUGGUCCGAUUGUUGGGCUCUGACGUGGCAUUCGAAGCCUGGAGCAGCUGACUGGGAGACAUCUCCCCAACAGGCCAGCCAGAGGAAGCCCCCCCCACCAUCUCCACCACCCGUCGGACUGCACCCCGAGGCAAUAAUGGACCAAUGAGGCGGCCUUCUGGAGGCCGAAAGCGCUGUCCACAGCCCUUCUAUUGACUGUCGGCAGCUGGUUGCUCUCCUCCCAUUUGGGGGAGAUGCGUGGGGGGGGGAGAAGGUCAGAAACUGCCUCUUCCCUCACCUUCCCCCCUCCCCCCGGACUUGAAGUGUGCUGCCCCUCUCCUCCUUCUUGCAGGCCUUGGUGGUUUUGGAGUGGAACGCAUCUCCCCUUUUCCCCCCACCCCUCACUUUUAAACCCUGUCCCAAGUUCUUCCAGGGUAUUUAUUUAAUUAGUAUUUAAUUUGUGGUGUUCCUUUGAGUGGGGCAAGGGGGGGGGAGGGGGAUUUCUUGCUAGGUCUGUAUCACUGUGAUUCUUGGGAAGAGUUGAGUUGCAGGAGGGGGUGUCUUCCCAGAGCCCCCUACCCACCCACCCACACACCCACUCCCCAAAUCCCGGCUGGACCAGACUGCUGCUGUGCUGCUGCUUUCCCCUCACUUGGGAUUUCAUGAAAUGUGAGGGGGGGGGGAAGGAUGGGGGUUGCCCCGCAGUGUUCCUUCUUUCGUUUGGAGGGACAUCCACAUUAUUUUGGAUUGGGGGUGGGGGAUGAUUCCCUCUUUGGCUUCCCCCCACCCCCCUGCCCUUUUCCAGAAGAUCGUCUCGUCUCUGCUGUUUUGGAGAGACGGAUGGGGACUGGAUCGGUAUGGAGCCAAAGGAGUUUCACUAUUCUGGUCUUAACUUUUUUUUCUCCUUGUCUCCACCCUAUUUUUUUUUUGAGGGGGGGGGGUUGGUUUUUUAAAAAAAAUCUCUCUCAGUUCCAAUCGGGUGGCCAGGCCACCAUCUUUGGCCAGGCGGUGGAGCAGUGGCCCAGCUUGGAGGGGGCAGGAAAAGGGCAAUGAGGGGCAUAGAUGGUACAGUUUUAAUGUACAGGUGCUAACCAAGAACUGGGCAGUCCCAUUUCACUGGCGCUCCCCUGGAACGGGAUGGGGGUGUCAGGAUGCUUUUUCAUUCUUUUGUGUUGCGGUCCACCCCGCCUCCCGGCGCCCCCCCCCCCCCCCGGUUGGGGAAGCUGCGUUUCCUUCCGCUUCCCUCUUCUGACACCCCCCUCCCACCCCUCUCCUCUCCCCUUUUCCAAGGAGGCUGGCAGCCUCUUCGACCCUCCCCCCCCAAACUUCCCCUUCUUCCCUAAUAAGCAAAACCAUUCUGUUUUUAUCUCCUUCCCCUCUUUCUUUCUCUCACAUCGAGGCUUCGGCCUUUUGGGUGUUUAUUCUGGCUGCUGGUUCCACCUCUUCCCCCCCCUCUUGAUUUGUUUUAUUCUUGAACAAGGCUUUGGUGUCAAAAAACACUUCUGUACAGAAAAACCUGCAUCAGGGCCCCCGUCUCCCGUGUCUCAUUUCUGGCG